CUAAAACUUGCCUCUACAAACCGGAUAUGGUCGCGAAACUGGGGUCAGAAGUUCUCUCUUACAGCCAUCUUGGAUAUAACGACCCAAGUCGCAACCAUGCCUGGAGAAGCCACAGAAACGGUCCCAGUUGAGCAGCCCCAGGCAGAGACUGGAUCAGGCACAGAGUCGGACAGUGAUGACUCUGUCCCUGAGCUGGAGGAGCAGGACUCUGCACAGACACAGACGCAGCAGGCCCAGCUUGCAGCAGCAGCUGAAAUAGACGAGGAACCAGUCAGCAAAGCCAAACAGAGCCGCAGUGAGAAGAAGGCACGAAAGGCCAUGUCGAAGCUUGGUCUCAGACAGGUUACAGGAGUCACCAGAGUUACUAUUCGCAAGUCAAAGAACAUCUUGUUUGUCAUCACCAAACCAGAUGUAUACAAAAGUCCUGCGUCAGACACAUACAUUGUCUUCGGUGAAGCUAAGAUUGAAGAUCUCUCUCAGCAAGCCCAACUGGCUGCUGCCGAGAAAUUCAAGGUACAGGGAGAAGCUGUCUCAAAUAUCCAGGAAAACACACAGACGCCCACAGUACAGGAAGAGAGUGAGGAAGAAGAGGUUGAUGAGACUGGCGUUGAAGUUAAAGACAUUGAACUCGUCAUGUCACAAGCAAACGUGUCGCGGGCGAAGGCUGUACGCGCCCUAAAGAACAACAACAACGACAUUGUCAAUGCUAUUAUGGAGUUGACAAUGUAAUGGGACUCCAACUAAAAGUUGAAGAAAUGUUGCUGAUUAAAUUUAAGCUCGUUUAUACAAUUUAUACCCAAGAUGGAAAUAAAAUUGUGGCUUGAAAAAUC